AUGGUGACUGUAGUACAUCUUAAAGGGAUGGAUGAAUUCAACAACUAUGUUGAAAACAUGGGACAUGGCAAUGCUACUUUGCUGUUCUGUUUCACUGGUGAAAAGUUAUCUUCUGGACCGAGUUGGUGUAGUGAUUGUAAUGAAGCGGAACCCGUUAUAGAGGCAUUUCUUACUGAAGUGAAGAGAAAAAUAAUUUUUGCCUUCGUGGAUGUUGGUGACAGGGAUACGUGGAAAGACAAAAAUUGCCCAUUUAGAACAGAUAAACGAACAAAAUUAAUGGUGAUCCCCACAAUAAUACGGUGGAAUGGAGUACAAAGACUGGAAGGGAGUCAGUGUGGUAAAAGAGAACUACUCCAAAUGCUUAUUGAGGAUGAGGAAGACUAG